GUCGGUGCUUGAUGUAAUUGUUACCGUUGAUAUUGAAAUGUUGAUUUGUAUUUCGCUCCACUCUCAUGGACCAAUCAGAUCCAUAAGAGUGACCGAGGUUACUUAAUAGAAUGGAUGUGGCUGCGGAGUCUGGCAGUGAUGAACCUGGAGUUUUGAAAGAGGUUGACUGCUAUAUAUCCCCAGCUAUGCAGAAGCAAAUCCUAUUGCUUUUGUAUAAAAAUCGAGAGAAUUAUCACACACUAGAUAAUGAGUCAAUUAAAGAAGCUCGUAUUAAGGCGAAUCUUGAUUUGCUUGAAUUUGUUGUUGAGGAUGGGAGGAGUUCUUUUGUUGAAUCUGUUGGGAAGCAGAUAGACACAUAUUUACUUCGGUCAAACACCGUCGCAUUUCCGAGGACGUUACUGGGGUACUUUGUCAAUGAUGAAUGCCACUUUAUACCGCUUAAACGAGACGCUUUGGUUUUGGAUACGUGUAAAGAAGCAGCUAAAGUUGAUAAGACAAACCAGAAUUCUGAUUCAUCAACUUCAACUCCUGUGGGUCCCGCAGCAUUCGUUUCUGCCCGUCUUAGGACUGCUGAUGCAAUUGCACUGCGAGGUCCUAUGGCGAGUCGUCGUAAGCCUGCAGAUAGUGAUCCUGAUGUUAUAUUUCUGAAACAACAGGUCCAAGCACCAUGGUGCCCAGUACACUACAAACGAUUUAUUCCAAGUGAAGCCUUUGAAAGGCGUAUUCCUUUAUUGUAUCCAAAUGAUGAUAUGCCAGAAUUGACUAGAAAUCGUGUAACAGGUCCAAGUCAAGAAGAAUAUGUGAACAAUUUGUUAGCUUCAGUAACACCACAUGUCGUUGAUCGUAGUCGCACGGAGCCUGUUAAACUGCCUACUUUGGGAGAACUCAUUCAAACAAUAAUGAUAAAAGCACAACUUAUUCGAUUCGACAAGUUAGUUAUUUGUUUACGUGAACGCUUCAAAGAUCCACAUUCAGUUACUAAUACUAGUGUUUUGCAAUACUUACCGACAUUUGCUGUUCUACUCCGCGGAUGGUGGGUCGCUAAAAGUGAAAUACUUUAUCCUCCAAAUUCAUUCAGUGAACAUAGUGGUACACCAAAUACACUAUUGAUUCGGGCACGUGAUUAUAUUGUAGGUUUCAUUUUAUAAUAUUCUAUUCCUUUAAAACUCUAGAUGUUUAUAUUGGAAAAAUAGAAGUUACGGUAGAGAUUAUUUGGUACAACGAUAAGUCACAUCACAAACUGAUUAUCUAGACAACCAUUGGAAACCAGGAAGCAAUGGACUAGUGUUUUGUUCCAAUAUAGUACAUCUCAGCAGUAGACAUCUAUAACCCUAUCGAGAGUUGAUAUCAAAAUGUGUAGAAUUCUGAGUUAGCGCUUCAUCAUCUAUCUAGAUACACAGUACUAGCUUAUAUAGGUUUGUGAUUCAGAAGACAGCUGAACAUGGUCAAAUAAAGAUAAGAUUUAAGUCUUGACAAUUUUUCUUGAAGAAAAUUCAUUACUUAUUGUAAUAUUAUUUCAUUUUUGUGGAUAUCCGCUUCUUGUACUACUCUUGAAGCAUGGUUUACAUCAAGCUAUUUCUAUGGUGAAAUUCAUAAGAUAACUUCGUCAACUACAUUUUUUAACAGUUUAGUAGAGUUACGUUUUUCUUUAAUUUGUUGUGUAUUUAAUUUAUAUUACUAGAUUUAAAAAUAUCAGUUUCUUUGUCAACAUCCCUCUAUAACUAUGUCCGUCAAGUUGCUGGCAACUUUUAAUUCUAUUGAUGAUUACUUCUUAUUGAGUUGUUUGUUAUCAAUAGGUACACUAAAGAAGUUCACCACGUUUGCUACUUAAACGCUCAUCAUCGAUCUAGGGCCAGAUAUGAACCGUUGUUCAAGUGAAAUGGAUCGAGCGAUGUCUCUCUGGUCUAAUUACUUCCUCGUUUCCUUAUUCGAUUAUGCACAUGAUAUUAAAGUUACCAAUUUCCUCAGAAGUAUUUGAUUUGAACUAAUACCCAGUGUUUUUUCAUCGACCUGGAGUGUGUGUAGAUGGCAUGUGUCUCUUUCUUUAGAUUUCAAAUAUUUUUUGGUUCAUUAUCUACUUUAAUUAUAGAGAAUUCAUAAGUUGGAAAUCUAAUGAGUUAGUGGAUGACACCAUCUCGACAAAAAUAUAAUAUACUCGAACUGUGCCAACUUGUCUCAUCAAGUACACAAGCAGAAUAUCCACCUACCUAUCCAGCGGUCAGUAGUUUGUAGUGUAUUACUUCGCAUAUAUAAACGCAGAGAGCGUGUAUAAGUUACAAGUGUUGAAUCGUAAGUUUCGUCUCAGCAUUAUUCUUCACUUAUAGUGAGAAACACUAGUUUCAAAUGUAUAAUACUGGAUAAAAUUGCUAAUUUGGUUAAUGAUGUCGGGAAUCUUCAUCAACUGAGCCACUUAAAAUACUUGUUACUUAUGUGUCUAUCAACUGUCAAUCACAAAGUACUAUAUUGUCUUGCAUAAUCAUAUGAAGCUUUUUUUGGGAAGUAACUUCAGUUGAAUGUUUAUUAACCAAGUAUGCCUGUUUUAUACAUAAUUUAUCCUCACUACUGAGCAAGUUUUCAUUGACUUGUAUCGCUACAAUAAGCUUGUCCAGUUAUAAAGUGUCAUUUGUCAUACUUUAACUUAGCUUAUCUAUCAUUCAGUAGCAUGAUAAUUUAGAUAAAUUUUGAAAACAAUUCUAAUUAUAGAAUGAAUCGAUGCACAUUUACUUAUUUUUAUAAAUAAUCUAACUAGAAUGAAUUAUUCUAACGUUCUAUAAUCUGUAUAAAUUUGUAUAUAUUAUAUGUAUAUCUCUGUCGUUUCUUCUUAGAUGGCUGUAUUUCAUCGCGGUGAACAUUUAACUCGUAAAACUAUUUCAUGCAUGACUAAAAAAAUCUAAUUAAAAUAUUGAAUGAAAUUGAUACAGAGCUUGAGUUUAUGAAAACAAACAUAUGCAAGUAUAGAAUAAUAAAAAAAUAUAGCAGAACUUUGUCGCGAACAAUGUGAUCUUAAGUACUGUUACAGAUAUGUGAAAAGUUGACUUUUUCAGGUUGCCCACAUCGUGAAAGGAUACUUCCUCCUGAAGGGCUUGAAGAAAAAGCUGACUUGCUGCUGUUCUUAGAGAUCUGAGAGGAUAACUGUAGAGUAUAAGAGACAACUGCUUAAGGCUGGUCAUACCUGCACUUUUAAGGUUAUUUUUUGGUAAGUUAAUUCAUGACUUCAAAGACUUUAUCUUUAGCGACGGAAAUUCGUGAGACAGUGUGAAGUGUACUAUUUUCAAGGACUAACAUUUAUUUAUUUAUUGUAAGAUGGCAGUAUUACUAUAAAUGCUAAUUGUCUGAGUAAUGUACGGUACUACUGAGACACCUUAGAACAAUCGACAGUAUGAAUUUGCUGUUUUUAAUCUUACCAUUCUCUGAUGAACUUACUGGAGACAGUAGAACUUUAGGGGACAGUUUUUUCAUUCAAUACACUUCGUUUAAGUCAUUGAGGAAGAAAUGUCGAACCAUCAUGCCAAGGUAGCAGCUAUGGUUAAGAUUUGAAUGUGGGUUUAAUACAUCUAAAUGAUAACAAUUCAUAUUAUUUAUCCUAUUAAUAUUUUUAAUCAAUGUUCAUUUCCAUUAUUACAUGAGAUACUUUCCUAUCCCGAUGGUCUGGAAUUCUUCAUCUGUCUUAAACCAGCAGCAUCUUUUUAUUUUUUGUUCCCAAUUUAAAUUUCAUCACUUAUUUGAGCACAUAAAUAUCGGUACAAAUGGGCUUCAAAAUAUAUAUAUGCGCCACACAAAGUAGUUAUCAUUAAAUUUGUGUUUGGGCUGUGGUAUUAUUUAGGUGCCCAAACCGAUACAGAUUAUUCUCUUAAGGCGCCACACCCUGAGCUUUUGACUUAAAGAUCUAAUCCACAAGGUAAUGGAGCAACAUUAGGAGAUGCGAUCGCAUGGUUUUCAGUGACCAACAAUAGUUUCAUACACUAUUUGUUCCUGGAGCUCAUGUACACUAUUGGUUUGGAAUCGGGCUUUCUUCAACCCCCUAGGCAGAUCCACCGUACUUACCAACUGAGUUUAAGCGCCGGAUAUCCGAUUUUUCUCAAUUUUGUAAACAACACCCCUGUUACGUGAAGGCAAUGGAGAAGAUUUCCCUGACAAUCGACCCACUUGAAUAAUAUACUUGAUAUUACUCUACUCCAUCAGUUGUAUUGAUGUUAAAGUUAUUAGUUCUCAAAACAGUAAAGUUACUGUUUUAAAAUGCUUUAUUUGUACGCCAAUUUACUACUAUGGGACUAAACCAUAAGUACCAUUGUGCAAUUGGUUGUGGGUGUGUGUUUGGUUUUUUCUUCAAAAAGGAAACUAAUCUAAAAUAUUAGAUAGUUGGAAGUAGUCGACAGGAAACUCUAUGCCUACAAGUCGUACUAGUUGGCACUCGUAAGGCGACCGUGCGUACCCGUUAUAUUUAGGGAACUGAUGCUCUCUAAUGCAUCCAAAUUGUCGUCACUAAUUUAUUGCCUAUGUUAGUUUCACACUUGUACUUUAUUCAGAAUAAUUUAUUAAAAAUACAAUUUGAGCAAAGAAUUGUUUUUUUUUUCAAUCAGUUCCUUGUUAUGACCAUGCUAAAAUAUAGAUGUUACACUUACGUUGUUAAGGUAUACACUUUUCUCCGUAUUGACUAAUUCACUGUUAUUUUGUGUCUAGUUACAGUUUGUUAGUAGAUAAAAUUCUGCCAUUAAAUAAUCCGUAUAUGAAUAAAUUAACCUGAAUUUAGAUUAGUUCUUCUGGUAUCUUUAUCAGAAAUAAUUCUCUGAGAAUUAAACUUUUCAUUUUAGAUGGAGGGCAGGAAAUAUGCGAAAAGUAGCAUUCAAUUUUCAUUAUAUUAAAAUUGGAGUUGCAAAUAAUUAACUUAGUGCACAAACAUAACAUAAGUAAAUUAUCAUGUAGACCAAAUGAAUAGUGAUGAAUCAAUUUAACUAUUAUAUCUCGAUUUAUUAAAUUUUAACUUAUCUGACUGCUUUGUAACAAUACUAUUUUUGAUUGACAUCAUGAAUCGAUCGAUGUUGAACUACCAUCGAAAACCUGGAGGAGUCUCAUACAAGGACGAGACGGCCGUUCAGUGCUUCUAUGUUCUCAGUGGUGGUCUAACAUCGAUUGAUUCAUGAUCUCAAUCGAAAACUUAACAAUCUCCACAGCCCCAUACUGAUAAUACUACUUUUACUACUUACACUUUAAACAUAUCUCGUUUGUGAGUAUUAGUUUAGAGUUUCGGUGUUUUUCUCAUUGAAUUAAAGUUCACAAAUCUUUUCUAUUCUAAGUUUAAAUUUUUGUGUUUAAUUAGCCAGUUGUCUAUGCAUUAAUUAUGUUUUGUUGUUGUUGUAAUAUUUAGGUGCCUACUGUUGAGGCUACGGAAAUACUGAAAUCUUUAGCUUGUAAAAUGUCAACUACUCAGAAAGGUUGUGCAAAUCAUUGGGAGUUUUAUCCGACCGAUUAUGAUUUUAUCAAAAAGUAAAUACUUAAUUAUUCUGCUUCGUUUUUGUUUUAUUCGUUUAACGCUCGUCUCCUCUACGUCGUCGAAGUUAAAUUAUGUUUAUCAAAUGCACGAGCUUUCCAUAAUUACCGAUUGUACGUUAGUUGAUUAUCAACAACAUAUAUGGCUUUGCGAAAAUCUUAUAUUUAGGGUCAAGUUGGCACAGGUCACGUGCACUUACUUACGCCUGUUACUCCUAGUAGAGCAAAGGACGCCGACCAUCAUUCUCCAACCCACUAUGUCCUGGGCCUUCCUUUCUAGUUCUAUCGAGUUGUUGUUGAUUCUUCUCAUAUCUGUCUCGAUUUCUCGCCGUAAUGUGUUGUUUGGUCUUCCUCUUCUCCUUUGGCCUUGAGGAUUCCAAGUGAGGGCUUGCCUUGUGACGCAGUUGGGUGCUUUCUCCAACAUGUGUCCUAUCCACUUGCAGCGCUUCUUCAUGACUUCUUCCUCCACUGGGAUCUGGUCUGUUCUCUCCCACAGUAGGUUGUUGCUGACAGUGUCUGGCCAACGAAUCCGAAGUAUUUUGUGUAGACAACUGUUAAUAAACACUUGUAUCUUCUGGAUGAUGGCUUUCUCAGUUCUGCAAGUUUCCGCCUCAUACAGUAGAACUGUCUUGAUAUUUGUAUUGAAAAGUCUGACUUUGAUGUUGUUUGACAGUUGUUUUGAGUUCCAGAUGUUCUUCAGUUGUAGAUGUGCUGCUCUUGCUUUGCCGAUCCGCGCCUUCACAUCUGCAUGAGAUCCACCGUGUUCAUCAACGAUGCUGUCCAGAUAUGUAAAGGUUUUACAUCUUCCAAAGCUUCUCUGUCAAUUGUGAUUGGAUUGGUGCAUGCAGUGUUGUAUCGGAGAAUCUUGCUUUUCCCUUUGUGUAUGUUGAGACCUACUGCUGCUGAUACAGCUGCUACACUGGUCGUGUUCUCCUGCAUUUGUUGUUGCGUGUGUGAUAGAAGAGCCAGAUCAUCUGCGAAGUCUAGAUCGUCCAGCUGCAUCCUCGUUUUAAGAGUCCCUUGAAGUUCUCUACCCACCUGUUUCUGUUGUUUCAUACAACGGUCUCAUGUUUCCUUCUCUUGCAGCCUUUUUCGCCGUCAUUGUUAUAUCUUCCACAUAUUUACGUUUGUCAGUUCUGAUGCUCCUCUUCACUUGCUUGUUUACUUUCGUGUAUUCAGAUUGUGCCUUGGCUUUCUCUGCUUCUGUUCGUCUAGUGUCGGUUGCUGCCUUCUUGUUCCCCCUUUCUUGAAUUAUAUCCAGUGUAUCAACAGUGGUUCAUCCCUUGUGACCCAGAACCUCUUGACAUGUUGAAGUGAUCGCCUCCUUGAUCCACUUCCAGUUACUGUCCAUAGUAGUUCCUUCUCCAUUGAGUAAAUCGUGGAAGGCCUGGAACCUCUUGCUGAAAGCUAUUCUAAAUUUGUUGAGUUUGUCAGAAUGUGAUGUCUACCCCGUUGUCCAGUGCUUCUUGAGUUUCAUUUUCAUCUUGGCGAUCAGCAAGUGAUGAUCUGAUGCUAUGUCAGCUCCUCUCUUGGUUCUCACAUUCAUCAUCGUCCUCCUGAACUUUUUGUUGGUGUAAAUAUGGUCGGUUUGGUUCUUUAUAGUGUUAUCCGGUGAAAUCCUUGUGGCUUUGUGUAUGCGUUUAUGUGGGAAUAUAAUGGCGCCUAUGAUCAGUUUAUUGAAGGCAUAUGGAUUUGCAAAUCUCUCACCAUUUUCGUUUCUUUCUCCUGGUCCAUGUCGUCCCAUGAUGUCUUCAUAUCCGGUGUUAUCCAUUCCAACCCUGGCAUUUAGGUUCCCAUCAGAAUGGUCAAGUCCUUAGUUAGGCAUUGUACGAUCAUUCCAUUUACCUAAAUAAAUGAUUGCUCUGGUUGUCAGAAGGGGCAUCGGCCUCGUGACUUUCGAAGGAACUCGGCUUUCACCAUGAGGCGUCAUAACUCUUCUAAAUGAAGACGCUCUAAUUCCUAGGGCAGAGUUUAAAUAGUUCGAAUUAUUUUUUUCAGGUUAACUUUUUUAACGAGUUAGUUUUCUACGGGAUGGGGUCGUUAACCCCAUGCCCAACUCUCCUCCUUUAUCCGGGCUUGGGACCGGCAAUAACCCCAGAGGAGCUCCAGGAGGAGUUAGGUCACGAGCACAAUUAUAAGGAAUUAACAUGAUGCAAGAUAGAUCUGUGCUACCCAUUAGUAACUCAUUUUUAUCGUACUAUUUUUUCCUUAUAUUUCACUGGUUAAUUAUAAGUUAUCUGUGUUCCCCUGUCGGUUGCGAUAUUUUUAUUUAUCUGACCAUGUUGAACUGGCCAUCUUGUCCUUUCCUAUGCUAAAGAUUGAAUAUUACUACUGAAUUUAUCUCCUUCAGUGUGAGCUACUUAACGUAAGCUAAUAAUUGUUUAUUUUAGAAUCACGUACUAUCUAUAUUUAUGUAUCUAUCAGCAUUCCAAAAAAACAAGGGAGUCUUUUAACUUUGACAAGCCCCAGAUGUGUUAUUCCAGUGAGUUCAACACAUGAUGCGUAAUAAGAAGUAAUUUUGGUGUCUAAAAAAGUUUUUAAAAAAUGUUAAAUAUACAGAACAUAAUUCAAAACGAAGUAAUAUAAAUGCAUGAAUUCAUCUACAUUAUUGAAAUUGAUUUUGAACCACAUCACCCAUAGCCUCUAAAUAUUGAUAAUAAUUAUCCUAUAGAUCCUUAGAGUGUUUUCACCAAUCAUGUAUCAUGUCAGUGAAAUUGUGAACAUCUGAUAUUUUAAAAAUUAUACGCAGUGUCCGUGGUGUGACUUUCACAUUAUCUCUUGGCAUUUAGUCAAAAUUGUCUAACCAAAUAUCUUUUCUCAGCCUUAUUUUAUAGACAAAACCAAGUAACUUAAUUUUACCCACUAAUUUGUGAUUUUGUCAUGUUAUCAUCUCAAUUUUGUUCGUUCAUGCAAAUUAAGAGCGUUUGAUUAUAAAGUUCGCUUAUGGUGAGUUUGUUCUACGUCUUUCAGACGAUUGACUUCAUUAGUCAAUAACACAAAUGAUCUUUAACAGCUACGAAAGAGGUUAAUGACUAUCGGUUCACGCAGCUGCUUCUAUUGUCAGUACCCAGUUAGAACACGAAGGCAGCAAGCAAACUUACCGCCUAUGACUGUAAUGUCAUUCUGACUCAAAAACCUGUAGAAUUAUACACAUCAGUUGCAUGACUACAACAUACCGCGAACAAGAAAUUACGCUGUGUACAUAACUAGGUCAUAUAGGAGAUAAAGUACUAAACAAUUAUGUCUAUAAUUCACGAUAGUACAAAAACCGUAAACCAUUUAGUUAAUGAUUGAAAUGAAAACAGUAUAAAAUGCAAUAACCGCUGUAUUUGUAUAUAAUGCUUGUAAAUUAAGGCCAUAUCGAGGCAAUACGCACAGUAUGCACAUACACCAAUAAGAGGCUAAUCAUUUGCAGUCCUAAAUAUCAACGGGAAGAUUCGGACAAACAAUACCAAGUGAAUUUAAACUUCACCCCAUUGCACAAGCAAGUGGCUAUCAGGACUCAGUAGCUAACUGGAUAACGCGAUAGAGUUUGAAGUGAACAGUACUGAGUCCAAGAGCCUCAGAAUGAACAUCAACUCUGAGGUGCAAGUACAUCCAGCUGACGGGUCCCGAAUAAGUCGAAACGCAUGUCCUGGAUUCCACUGCUAGCCACUAUCCAUCUUCGCAUAUAUUCCUUGUAUAUAAUGGUUUGCACAAGCAAAAUAUCUACCAUAAUUUCCACAAUAUAACAUGUCGAAUUAUAUUUUUAUUACUAAUAUUUAUUAAUUGCAUAAAUGCGACAACUUAUAGGAUUUCAAUCGUUGUCAGUAUUUAUUCAUCGUUAAGUGUGUAUCUUUAUUUUUGUUUUUUCGAAAAAGUUUUUCAAGCGUAAAUCGACUACGCUCACAAUCUGAUUUUUCUUCCUUCUCUCCCUCUCCAUCUCAGAUAUCCAGAUAUUGUACAACAACAACAAGUUGCUUGGGAAAUUCGCAUUCGUCAAUUAUGCACACAAUUAAAACUAGAACAUCUCGUAUCGGAUGGAGUUCGACGUAAACGUAAUCCUGGACAACAUUCUGGUGAAAGUGGUUCAGAUUCUGACAGUGGCUUCAAAUCACUUGUUUCAGGAGUACAUAUUUCAACCCCUAGUAAAAAUACAAAUCGUAAACGUUUACGUCAAUCAAGUGUAUGUCAUACAACAGAUACUGAUAAAGAUGCCAAUAAUUCAUUAAAACCACCUGAUCGGAAACGUGUACGAACUCAAAGUCUUUCAUCGAGUUAUUCUUCUGGUUUAUCAUCUCCUCAUUCUACUACUACAAAAUUACCUUGUCUUCAAACAGAUGUUGUACCGUCAAAAUUUUGUAUACCUACUAGUCCACCACCUGUGAAAAUAAAUUCUCCGAAACUAAAAGUAAAUAGUACACCUAUUUCUUCAGAUCUUCCCGAUAAUUCAUCAACUGCAUUAUCAACAAAUUCAUUUAAUAAUCAGACAGUUGGUUGCAAACUGGAACCUCCUACUCCUGAGGAUCGUGAUCCAGAUAUCCCUACUGCUGCUGCCGCGGCUAGUGUUACUGAUUCAGAAAUGAAUGAACUCAAGCUUAAACGUUCUCCAUCAUCCCAUGAUAUAUCUCAAUCAGCUAUCAUGGACAACGGUCACAAUGAUACCAAUAGUAAUACUGAAUUAUCUAGUCAAACAGAUCUUAUUAGUAAUCAUAUUGGUUUACCAUGUACACCUUUACAAUCUGUUAAUGAUACUAAUAUAGACAAUAACGACAGUGUUUUAAAAUUUGACAGUGACAAUGAAAUGCCAGAAUUAUUAAUGAAUAAUUCAAUUAAUUUUGUAAAAAAUGUUUUAAAUACUCAACCAAUUGUAGCAUUGUCAGCAUUGACAAAGGUUUAUCAGCAACAGUUAGGUAAUUUUGAUGCAAACUUCUAUUCUACACUUUGGAAGAAUAGUCCACCACCUCCUCCAGGCUCUGAAAGUGAACGUGAAUUGUUAAAAACGUAUCUUUUGAAAGUUUUACAAACAAUUGAUGCACGUCAGUUAACAGUUUGUUGGCCAACUAUACCAACAGCACUUGAAAAAGAACCAUUAUUUGUAAUAAAAGUAGCUGGUCCAGAAUGUGGAGCUGUCAGUGAAUCAAUAGCACAGUUCCGUGAUAUAAUCUUAGCACUUUAUGAAUCUUUGCCAAGUUUCAAAAUGAAAGAUUUACAAGAAAAAUGCCCAAUCUUUCCACCAAAAGGCAUGUCUGAAAAAGCUAUGCGAACAUUCAUUAAACAAUACUGUAUAUUCAGACAUGGGAGAUACUUUCUACGUUGUACUGUUUCUGACGAUUAAUCUUUUUGAAUAAUCACUUGAAAGAAUUCAAAUGGAUUAUUAUCAUUAUUAUUACUUCAUAUAUUGCUUACCUUUUGUAUGUCAUAUCAACACAAUUUGUAUAUUAUAACUUUCUAUUUCUUCUUGUGAAUACUUUAAAUUUUGCAAUAAAUUUAUUGCAUUGUGUAUACAGUUAAAUAUGUCUUAUUGUUUGACUUCAAUAUUUUUUGUUACACAUCCGGUAAGUGGGAAAAUACAUUUCGUAAGAAUCAGCUGAUUAGCGUUUCUUUUACUUCUUUGACGUACUUAUAUGUUGGUACGAUUGAGAAACUAAAAAAAUAGUCUUGGCAUCACAAAUAAGCAGAUAAUACUGUAAUGAAAUAAAAGAGGAAAUAUAAGUAAAAUAUAAAAGAAAUAACUAGACAAAAAUAGAAUUUAGUAAGAGAUAAAUUUCAUAUUAACACACGAUUAUAUAGGAUUUCUUUGAGUUGAAGAAGUUCAGUAGUUGAAAUCAUUAGUCACUUGAAGCUAGACCACCAUAGAAAGCCUGGAAGCACUGAAUGUCCGUUUCGUCCUAGGAUGGGACUAAGCAUCCACGAUCCCGCUCCCCGCGAGGUUCUAACCCAGGACCUAUCAGUUUCGCACGCACUGCUGAGGAGUCCCAUAUUAGGAAAAAACGGUCGUCCAGUGCUCCCAGCUUUUCCAUUGUUUUCCAAUUGACUCAUGAUUUCAACUAUUGAAGCUACUAAAAUCUCCACAAAACCCCUUCUGUUAAAGUUCCUUCCAUUUUUAUGAAUUCAAAAGAAAACUAUAGCAGGAUUACCAUUAGGUUAACUGGUUAUCGUCCUAUCUCUUUUACCCGAUCCCAACGCUGCCGUAUAAUACAUGGUAUGAAAGCUGCUGAGAUGACACUUGUGAAACAUAUCCAAACCGCUGAAGACAGUGUCGAAUCUCAGAGUCACUGGCUUUCAUGUCCUGAAUUGACAGAUACGUGGUAAUUCAUCCACUUUGGCUCCAAAUAUGAAGAGGUCAGGAAGUGUAAAUGUAGGCUGAUUAAAAGUCAAUUCAAUUAUCGUUGGUAUAGAACGGUAAAGAGGUCUUAACUGCAGUGGUAAUAAUCAACGAUCGACAACUCUCAAGAUACUUAUUUACGAAACAAUCAGAAUGAGAUUGAGAUGAGCCCCUGACUCUUAGUGACUUUAUAAGUUUCAUAUCUAAUUGAAUGAGAGGAACAGUAUUGGGGAUUGAAAAAUUAAUCCUGGAGAUCUUUUAAUGGUGGCAGUCCAUUUUUAGCAGUUAUAUUGACUGUGAUAUCAAAUUUAAUCUGGGGACUCGGCAUUAUAUCAUCUGACCUCUCAAUAUCUGGUCGUUCCAGUUUAUAAAAAGGAACAGGGAUUUACAUGUGAUAAAUGUGAAUGGGUUAGUUCGCUUAAUAUAAUAUCUAAAAAUAAAAGUCUUAGUAAGCAUACGUCUCCGAACUAGGGUUCGCUAUUAAUAAACUAGAAAAACUCGAUCACAUUUCAGACGUGGACGUAUCCAUUAAAUAUUCGCACUUGUCAUACGAAUGCUCUUACAUUUAUGUUGCUGUUCACACGUGAAUCCGGACUUAGUAUUUGUCUACUCAAAUAAAAUUGGUCUAUCGACUAAGAUACUGAAUUCGAAUGGUCGCUAGCUUGUUUUUAAGACCGUUGCAGUUUAAACUCAGACCGAACAAACGGUCACAAAUUAGUUGUUUAUGCAUUCCAAAAAUCGUUAUUAAAUAUUUGUUAUUACUGUUAACUAUUUGAAGUCGGUACCAUUUAAAUACUUUUUUUCUAGUUAAAAUUCUAUUUUAUGCGUGAGGUUGCUAACCUCACACCUAACUCACAUUUAUGCCAGUUUAGGAUCGGCAUAAACUCGAAAAUAGCUCCGAGCAGAGUUAUUUAGAUUCGGAAGAAUUAUUAACAUAGUAAACCACAUAUCAAACUUAUUUACUUCAUUUGGCUAGGUUGUUUGUUUUUUCUAAAUCAAAUUUCAUAACUAGUAAUUAGUAAUGAAAUGGAGUUAAUUAAUAUUUGUUUAAAAUGAUUUCGUUUCCUGUAUUGGUUAUUAUAAAG